AUGGCCGGUCAGGAUGUGUGGGCAGAAUUUGAGACGCUCCGACACAACUUGAGGUCCAACAAGGUCGAGCAGCUCAAACAAAUACUCACCGGUUUCAACGAGGAGUGCCAGACGAACUUCACCAAGACCGGCAAAAAACAGGACCUCAUCGACAAGAUUACCCGCGAGCUCAACGACUGGAGGCAGAACGAUAACGUGGAUCGUUGGACCAAAGGAGAGGCCAUUAUGACACGGGUCCGCCAGACUGGCUACUACACCUCCCACACCAACGGCUCAUCGUCGUUCACGCACACAUUCCCCGCCGCGACCCCUUCCCCCUCUGUUCCCUACCAGAGCGGAGCCUCUCAGGCAGGUUCAUCACGUUAUGAUCCCUGGACCCGCCGUGUCCCGCCUGCAGCACCUGUAGCGUCUUCAUCUUCCACAUCUGCCCCACCGCCAUUGCCGCCAAUGCCGUCUAUCCGGUUCAAAUACUCGCCUUUCUUCAAAGUCGAGCGGCUAGUGUCUGGUGUAGCCGAAUGUCCGGAGUCCGCAAGCUCCAUGGAUCGACGUUCUCAAAACGUGACGUUUGUGAUGACAAACGAAGUCUUAUCCAAGGUUACCUCUACAAACCCCAAAUACCAGCUGCGGCUCUACUGCACUUCUUCGGCGUAUCAUACGCCUCCUACUGCCAACCUCCCCGGCGCAUUUCGCUCCGCUGCGCCAUGUCCCAUUGAGUUUCCCCCGACGUGCGAGGUUCGCGUUAAUGGGAACCAACUGAACGUGAGCCUCAAGGGACUGAAGAAGAAACCGGGCACAGCGCCUCCGCCGGACAUUGGGAAGCAUGUGCGCCAGACCGCCAACGCGUCCAACAGGAUCGAGAUAAUAUACGUGAACAGCCAGCAGCCCACGCCCCCCAAGAAGUACUAUCUGGUAGUUGGGCUGGUGGAAGUCACUUCGACGGAACAGCUUAUCGAUCGAUUGCGCAAAGGCAAAUACAAGCAAGCCGCCGAGGUGCUCGCCGACAUGAAUAAAGCCAAUGGUGACGACGACGACAUCGUUGCUGGGCAUCAGAAGAUGUCUUUGAAGUGUCCACUGAGUUAUGGACGCAUCACAACGCCAUGUCGAUCCUCUGCUUGCGUGCACCCACAGUGCUUCGAUGCCUUGUCUUGGUUUUCGAUGAUGGAACAGACGACGACUUGGCUGUGUCCCGUCUGUGAGAAAGUGUUGAACGUUGAAGAACUCCUCAUCGAUGGGUAUUUCGACAGCAUUCUCAAAGCCACACCAGAGGACGUCGACGAUGUUAUCGUCGAGCCUGAUGGAGAGUGGCAUACAGAAGACAACAAAUUCGGAUCUGCGCGGUGGAAAGCAAUUCACUCAGUGGAGAAGCCAGUCAAGCCAGCGAGCCCUGUCAAGCCUCCCCCGUCCCCGAGCAAGCCAGUCGCGAUGAAUGGCGCUAACGGGUUUGACAAGCCUCGGCCCAGCAAUGCGGAGAUCGUGAUCCUGGAUUCUGACGAUGAAGACGAGGAUGAAGGACGGGUGAAGCGUGAGCUGUCACCCUCCACGGACGUUGCGGUGCCUCAAGGAAGGCAGUCGAACGUACCCAGCUCUCAGCCGGCACGCGCUCAGGCCGUGGACAUCAUCGACCUCACCCUUGAUUCGGAUGAGGAGGAGCAGCCUCCUCCCCCACCUCGACGUCCGCUUCCCCCUCCACCCCCGCCUCCGUCCAAAAAGAGGAAGGAGGCUGACGAUCUCCCAUCGCCAACAGAGCAGAUCUGGAAGAAAUCACGGCCUGACCACGCUUCACUAAACGCGCAGGUCCCCGGCUCCACACCGCGAAUGGGAGACGACGCAUAUAGACGGCUCCCUCCCCCCGUCCCGUCUUCAUCGCAGCCGCGUUAUUCCUCGUCUCAGCAGACUACCUCCUAUCGCGGGUCUGGAUCACAGUCGUAUAGCAGCUCUUCCGGGGCCCUCCCGCCCCCUCCAUCUUCGCUCCCCGCGCGUCCGACCCACGAGGACUAUCGCAACAAUACGUUGCCGCCGCUUUCUUCCUACCCAUCACGACGUGGAAGCGGUGCGGGGGCAUCUUCACCACGCAAUUGGCGGUGA